AUGAGUGGACAAUCAAAAAUCGAGCUACUACUCCAGGCAGAGGUCGAUGAGAACGACCAAAGCUUUUUCCGUCUCUUAGUCGACGGUCGGUCCAUCAAAUACAUCACCGUCGAGCCUGGCAUCUACAGCUUCGAAGAUAUGUGCUUCGAGCCUUCACUAGUGUCCGUCUUGCCCGAGCUUCCCCCUGGAGACUGGAAUGAUAGCCUGGUUGCCAAAGACGACAACAACGAAUAUCUGGCAUAA